AUGAGCAUCAGAUUCCCUACUUGCUUUUAUCUGUUUUUAAUAAUUAUUAAUAAUAUAUUUAUACUGUUGGAUGGUGCGGCAGUUCCCAAUAAUGGAGACCCGUUAUUACAGAAAGAAGGUACCGAUGUUGGCCGUGACUCACAGGUAAAAGCUCAAGGUCUUCCUGGCACUUCUGAAUUAUUUGCUAAAAUUAAAAAUUCGGGAUUAUUGUCUAGUAGAUACGAGACAAACUAUUUUAUGGAAAUAACCAUCAAAUUUUUGGUAAGAUAUCUAUCAUUAAUCACGAAUUUUUCUGCAAUAUUUGGUGAUAGAAGCUAUGGUUCUAUUCAUAAAAAAAUAAGUGAUAUAGCAUCUUAUUUAGAAUCACGUUCCUCUUACUGUAGUGGAAGAAAAAUGUUAUUUCAGUUUAAGAUCGAUGAAUUAUCUCAAUAUAUUAAUGAAGUUACAGACAUUAAACUUUUUUCUUCACUUUUUACUGAUUCAAAUCAAAUUUCAAAAGAAGUGAUUUUUAAUAUAGCAGGAAACUCAAAAAUUCUAGUUGAUGCAGUUGUAAAAAUUGUGAAAAUACUUCGGGAAUUAUCAUCAUUAGAAGUUGAUUCAAAUCUUAAGCAUAUUUCGGAAUUCUUGGGUAAACUUUCUGAUGAUUGUCUUAGAAUGUUUAAUAAUUGUAUUCGUAAAUAUUCUCGUAUGAGUAAAUCACAAUUUGAAAGCUUGCUUGCAUCAAAAAUGGGGAAAAUUUUCGAGUCAACCCUUUUAGUUAAAUUAAAUAAUGAACUUGAUGAUUUAACACAUAUGAAAACUAAUUUUGAGAAGAUAUUCCAACAAAUUCAAGCCUAUAAUCAAUUUUUAGAAACAGGAGAGCCCCAUUUUACUAGUGCUGAAAUAAAAGAGGUGAAAACUAUAAUUGAAAACUUUUUUGAAAAUGGAGGUUUAGAUGAAACAUUUAUAUUUAAAAAUGAAGAAAUUGUACUAAUUUCUCUUGAGUUUUUAGGACUUGCUGCCAUGAAUUUAUCUUUAUUUGAUAAAACGGGCUAUUUUAUAUUAAAAAAUGAAGUCGAAGAAGCAUGGAAAUCAACAAUAUCAAUGAUUAAUUAUAGAGGAACAGAAAUCAGAUUGUCCCAAAAUGUUGUUUUUGCAAUUAGGGAACAGAUUAGGACAUUAAUGAGAUACCAGGAAUUCUUGAAAUUAGAUUUCACAAUAAUGAAUUUGGAUAAAUCUCUCAUUAAGAGCGAAUUAUUACAUAUUGUGAGCCGCUUUUAUGAAUCGCUACUUAAAACUUUUGAAUUUGUAAAAAGAGAGCAAUCAAGAAAUAAUGGUGGAAGGUAUCUUAAAACAAUAUUUAGUAAAUUGGAUCCAAUUUUUGAAAAAGCAUUGGAUUUUUAUAAAGAUACAAUUUUAAGUCUUGAACAAAUUGAAAAUAAAUCAAAAAAAACGAGUGGAACUGCGAUAUCUAGAGGUAGCAAAAGAAGCAUGGAUAGAGUAUUAACUAAGAAAAUUAUUAGUACAAAAAAAAAUUCAAAAGUUAAAGAUUCUUCAAAAAAAAUUAAAAGAAUGACUUUUAGGGCUAAAGAAAAGAAAUUAAAUAAAUUGGAGCAUAUUAAAACAGGUAAAAAAAGGAAAGGAGUAAGCAAUAUUAAAAUUAAGAAGAAAACAGAAAGGAAAAUGAGAGCUCGUAUUUUAUCAGAGAUUCCUCAGUUAUUGAGUGUUUCAAGAACAAUGAAAUCUCAAUUAUAUUACUUAAACAGAACAAAUCGCAUUGAAAUUGCUGCUAUUGUUGAAUCUGUUUUGGAGGUUUUGGCAGAAAUACUUUUUUCUGAGGGUUUAUCACAUAGAGAAAAUAUAUUAGGGGGUGAAGAUUCUUCAGUAAUCGUUCGUGCUUUAAGAAGCAUUGGGGAUCAAAUUAAUUUUGAAACAUUACCAAAUUCGGGGAAUUUUAAUGGAAAAACACAAACUUUAAGGCAGUGUCAAACUCAGAAUUCAGCCGUAAAAUCAGGUGAAAAACAAAAAUUAGGGUUAGAAAAUGAAGUUAGUCUAAACCCUAGUAAAUCUCUAAAUAGUAACAAAAACAAAAGAAAAGCAUGCGAAACAGUUAGGCCACUGAAGCAAAUUGGCCCUACUAUAAAAUUAUUUGGAGAAAAACCAGUUUUUGCAACACAAGGUUCAAAAACUAAAAAAUCGGAUGUCACUAAUACUAAAGCAUCCAAUCAAAAAUCUAUUUUUAAAACUCAUUCAAAACAUUUUGGGAGAAAAACUAAACCAAAGAAAAAUAUAGAUACAAAAACUUCGUCAGUAAAUAAUAUUAAGGCAAAAAAGACAGUAUCUAGCAGCAAUUCAGAUAAACCGCAUAUAAACACUUCAAAAAAGCUGAUGACAAACAGAAUGCCACAAAAUCAAAAUGAUUCUACUGUUUAUAGCAAUUCAAUUGAAAAUAGAUCACUUUUGAUGACACCUCCCACAUUUUUUGACCGAGAAACGAUUCUUAAUAUGGUUUCUAUGUACAAUAUAAAAUUUCUCAACUUCUCUCACAUUUCAAUAAGGUCAUCCAGCGAUUGUAUUUUACAAGCUGUAAAUUUUUGUUAUAAUGAAAUAGGUCACUUAUUUUUUGAAAUAUUUCCAUUUAUUACAGGUAUAGAAAAAAUCAUUUUAGAACAAAUUAUAAUUCAAAUGAUUGUAUUAUUUAAGAAUUUAGUAUCAAUUUUAAUUGCAAAAGACAGAAAAAAAUCAAAAUCAUUUAGAAGGGAUAUCAGAUAG